AAUUCAAAACCCUGGAAGCCUGCUGCAGUGCUUGUUCUGCUUCAGUAUACCAUGAAUGCAGGAUGCAGCCAGUCAUAUAAAGGAUUCUCUUCUUCACAGAAUGAAAGACAGACGUGAAGUACAAACCUGAAUGCAACUUCAGGUCCAAACGGAUGAGCUUGUGACAUCCUGUUCCAGAGCCCAGGGAUUCCUCACACCUCAGCUGUGCCUCCUCAAAUCUGGACAACACUGUUUGAAACAACCAAAAACUUCAACUGACGUUCCAGUUGUCACAAACACUAACUGGUGCUAGCUGAAUGUCAGGAUGCAAGUAGUUACUAUUAUAGUACUACUUCUUCUUUGUAAAGCUUCUGACUUUAGGAAGACAAGGAGUAGGAAUUUGAGAAACAAUGAAAGGGAAAAAAUCUCACGGAAAGCAUCUGGCACCGUUAAGCGCAAUGCCCUAGGCCUACCAUGUGAUAUAUACACUUAUCUUCAUGAGAAAUACCUAGACUGUCAGGAAAGAAAACUGAUUUUUGUGGCACCUGAUUGGCCUGAGGAUUUGAAACACAUGCUACUAGCAAGAAACAGGAUUCGUAAAUUGAAGAAUAAUAUGUUUUCUAAGUAUAAAGCACUGAAAAGUCUGGAUUUACAGCAGAAUGAUAUAUCAAAAAUUGAAAGCCAGGCUUUCUUUGGUUUGAAUAAACUUACUACACUCUUACUCCAGCAUAAUCAAAUCAAGACUUUAUCCGAGGAGAUUUUUAUUUAUAUGCCCAGUCUAAACUACCUACGUCUUUAUGAUAAUCCCUGGCAUUGCAACUGUGAACUAGAAACUCUUGUUACAAUGCUACAGGUUCCAACAAACAGGAAUUUGGGAAACUAUGCCAAGUGUGUGCACCCAAUAGAACUGAAAAAUCAGAAGCUAAAACAGAUAAAAGCUGGACAGCUGUGUGGUGAAGAGGACAGGCAGGACCCCCAGAACAUAAAACAGGAGAAGCCUGUCAAACCAGAAUUUGAUUCCUCUUUGUGCCACAUAUAUGUGUUUCCUGUACCAACUCUGAACUGCAAGAGGAAAGAUUUAAAGAAAGUUCCAGGUAACAUACCUCCAGAUAUAGUUAAACUUGAUUUGUCCAACAACAAAAUUAGACAACUACGAUCCAAAGAGUUUGAAGAUGUCGGUGAACUGAAGGUAUUAAACCUAAACAGUAAUGGAAUUGCUUACAUUGAUCCUGCUGCUUUCUCAGGACUCAACAACUUAGAGGAGCUGGACCUAUCAAACAACAGCUUGCAGAAUUUUGAAUAUGGAGUACUGGAAGAUCUUUACUUUCUGAAAGUACUGUGGCUGAGAGAAAAUCCUUGGAGAUGUGAUUACAACAUUCAUUAUCUUUUCUACUGGUUAAAGCAUCACUACAAUGUUCACUAUAAUGGCCUAGAAUGCAAAAUGCCAGAGGAAUACAAAGGAUGGUCUGUUGGAAAAUAUGUUCGAAGUUACUACGAGGAGUGUCCAAAAGACAAGCUGCCCAUUUAUCCAGAAACUUUUGAUUUGGACAAAGAUGAUGAGGAAUGGGAACGACAAAAAGGACAAUCAGUUCAAACAGCAAAAAAGCACAGUGUAAUUGUCACUGUGAUAGGCAAAUAAGGGAAUCCUUUUUUCUUUUUCUUUUUUUUUUUAGUACAUUCAAAUAUUUGAUACUCUGUCAAAAAAAAAAACAUGCUGUUUACAUUUUUUGUUAAUUAUACUGAUUGUUGUAAGACUAUUUUCCUACAAAGAUUUCUGUUUAGUGCAGUUAAUAAGUACAGAAUGGCAUUAGUUACACAUCAUCCUUCAACGGUUAAUUGUUUCUGACUAUUUGUUCUGCACAUUCUUGUGAAAUAUUUUGUCAAGUAUUCAAAACUAUGCAGUAGAAAUGGAUAGACACAAAUGUAGAUAUGUGGUGGGGAGGAGCUGUGAAUGAACAUUAUGCAUGAACACAGCUUAUGUGCUGACAUGGAACUUGCUGCAGGAUUGUGACCAAGACACCUCUUUCUUGAAUGUAUCACCAAUUCUUUAUAUCUAUCGGUUUCCUGAAAUAUUCCCAGAAAACAUUUCUAAGAUUUUUGUAUCAGCUUCCUGUUGUUUUAUUGUAUAUGAAAACUCAAAAUGAAGACUAAUCUUAAAUACAGUUCUAGAAAAACAGGAAUGGCAGUUGUUAUACCAAUCAGGAUUCACGCCCCAAAGUUGGGUUCUACUUGCUGAUUUGCCAAUGUUCCUGUUCUGUCUUAAGUGAAUGCUCAGCCUCUGCCUCUUCCAUACCUGAGCUGCAUGAAAAAAGGAAUAGCUGAAACACAGCUGGCUCCCAAGAUACGGUUCCAGUUUUACUUGUAUUGGCUUUGUUUGCCUUUUGCAAUAGGCAGUGCUGAAGUCUUUCCAGGAGGCAUUUUAGGUUGUCAUGUCAGCUUGACACAGAUUACGUGACAUCACUUCUAGGUCAAGAGGAACAUGUGAAGACUGCUGCAGUCUGCAUCCCAUAUGCUGGUGCCCAUCCCAGCUGAAGGUAAGUAUGCUUUUGAGUAAAAGUGUUGGAUAUUCUCAAAUUUCACCCUUCCCCUGACUUGUUUGUAAAAUGCACAUUAUAGUAUCUCUUUAUCACACCGUUGUCUAUGUGAAUAUACAUUCAUAAAACUCUGUGACUAUUCUAAUACAGAGCCAUAUAAAUGCCCUAGCUAAAUAGCCAGUAGCUCUAAAGAUAAUUUCUAAAUGUUCCUUUAC